GUACCUACUAUGCUUUUGCUCACUCCUGGCUCCGAUACGGUAUAGUUAUGUGGGGCAACAGCACCAACAUACACGACCUGUUUAUCUUACAAAAGAAAUGCAUAAGAAUCCUAAGCAACAUAAACUUAAUAGAUUUGUCGACCUCAUUUCCGUAAACUCAACAUAUUAACAUUAACAUCUUUAUACAUACUCGAGAUAACUAAAUUCAAAAGAAAAUACAACGACUUCUUUCCAGUACCAAAAGAUCCGACUACCUCAAAUUUACGCCCUAGAAAUACAAUUCCAGUUCCAUUUUCAAAAAACAGCUUUGACCGAGAAGCGCUCAUAAAUUCGCCGAUAGAGUUAGUGCUAGCAAAGAAAACUAGGCUUCUAGAGGCCUUUCGUGAAUAUGAGCGCCUCACUAGCAAGGUUGCCUCACUUUUUUCCUCCCCACCAGCUACUCUCGCCACCGAUGAUGAGGAGGUUGAAGACAACUACAUUUUAUUGUUAGCACAGCUAGAAAGUAUAAUAAAUGUCAUCCGCCUGAGAGACAACCCUCCUCAAGCGAGCCCUAGCGUAAGUGUCAAGUCGGAGAACCUCAAGCUGCCUCGAGUCGUCAUAAAAACUUUCACAGGUAAAUACACAGAAUAUUACGAAUUUACAAACAUGUUCACAGCUAUGAUCGACAAGUGUACUUCCUUUUCAGCGGUGCAGAAGCUGUAUUAUCUUAAAGGUUUUUUAAGUGAUGAACCGCUCGAUUUAAUAAAAAAUCUGCCAUUAGAAGACAACAGCUACCCAGAAGCACUGCGCUUACUGAAGGAACGAUACGAUAAUAAAGUUCGAAUUACGCAAGAACAUGUUAAUGCACUACUAGAUAUGCCUACAAUCACGCGAUCUAAUGUCACUAAUUUACGAAAUUUCAUUUCAGUUGUCAAACAGCAUCUUGCUGCUCUGCAAAACCUGGGUGAGCCGGUAGAUAAGUGGGAUGCCAUAAUCAUUUGCAUCCUAUCUAAGAAGAUUGACCUGCCUACCUACAGAGCAUUUCAACUGGAGCGAGAUAAGAAUGUGUCGCCCACGGUAAAGGAAUUCCUAGGAUAUGUUGAAAAACGUGCCCUAGCAUUUGAAAACACUGACGUGAAGGGGCCUUCGCAGAGCUUUGUCAGCCGUCCUGUGGCUGCAGAAGCAAAGCUGUCAGCGCAUCAGCCUCAGCGGCAAUGUUUAUACUGUAAGUCUGCACACAAAAUAUAUAAUUGCCCGAGUUUUAAUUUAGCUUCCAUUCAUAAACGCAUGGAGUUCGCUUCAACAAACAACUUGUGUAAGAUUUGUUUGUCGCAUCACAAGCGCAAAUGCAAAUUUCAUUUUCGGUGUAAGGUGUGCAAGCUACAGCACAAUAGCUUAUUGCAUCAAGACAAGCCUACUCCUUCUGUAACUUUGUCCGCAACAAGGAAUAGAGCCCAUAAUAUAGUUUUGCCUUCUGCUCGUGUCAAGCUGAUUACUAAGUCAGGGCGAGUAAUAUAUUGCAAGGCAUUGUUAGAUGGUUGCUCACAGGCAUCGUUCAUUACACAGAAGAUUGUGGAUAAAUUGGGAUUGCCGAUGCAAAAUACUAGUUCUAAAAUAACUGGUAUCAAUAAUGCCAAGCAUGCGAUUGACAAAUGUAUAAACCUUGACGUGCAUUCUGCUGUUUAUCCAUUCAAAAUAAAUGUCAAUUGCAAGGUUGUUGAUAAAAUAACAACAAAGUUGCCACAGAUUCCUAUUAACAAGUCGCACAUUACAUUGCCUACUAACUGCAAACUAGCCGAUGAGAAUUUUAACAAGCGUGGUGAUGUGGAUUUGCUGCUAGAUGCUGGUGUCUUCUUUCAGAUUCUUCUGACGCAGACGAAGAAUAAUGGAGACCAAGCAACCAAACAGCCUAUCGUGACUGCGGGCACUGCAAGUACUUCCGCACCGAGCCUUACAACCUCGAGUGCUGCAGCUUCGAGUACUUCAAUAGCAUGCGCCGCUACGCCACAAGGCCCGACACUAGUGCAGACAUCAUUUGGUAUGAUCAUCGGUGGUCGACUGCAGCUGCCUGCAAGAAAAAAGUCCAAGCAGGUAAUAUCUUUGCUUUGUACGGAAUGCAAUGAAUAUCAAAGCGACCUGUCAAGUGCUUUUGGGGAAACUAAAAAGGUGACUGAAAUUUUCCUAGAUAAAAUACCAGAGCAAGACUAUUGCGAAAAACCUUUUAGGGAAUCUACAAAGCUAGCAGAUAAUAAAUAUGAGGUCUCACAGCCCAAUAAGUUCCCUUUAGAGCAAGAAGUCAACUCUGAGUUAGGAAAAACUUCUCACCUGGCACUCAAUAGAUUUCUCAAUCUAGAAAAGAGGUUGCAUGUGCCACAGAAUCAAACUCUUUUCACAAAAUAUCAUGAUGGGCAUGGGCAAUUAAUCCUGCAUGAUGAACAUUGUAUAUUUUCAGAAUAUUCAUCUCUGCCCACCGAGCUACCUGAACUGAAAGCUGAUCAUACCAGUGCUCUGUGCCUUACAACCACAGUGCACAACCCUGAUCUCUUUGAAAUAAUAAAAAAGUUCUCUACUAUAGCAAAAAUGACUCGUGUUCUUGCAUAUAUCCUUAGGUUUUGCAAUAAUGUCAAACCAACUUCUCAGAACCUUAAGGACUUAACUAUAGUCAAACAUGAGAAAGCUCAAUUCCUUUCAGAUGAUUUAAGGAUGCUGCAAUCUGACAAGCAACUUAAAGGUAAUUUAAAUCCGCUAACUCCCUUCCUUGAUGGCGAAGGCAUUAUACGAGUUGGUGGUCGAUUGCAAAACGCGUCGCUUCCUUAUGCUGCACAGCAUCCGGCAAUAUUGCCAAAACAGUCACCUAUAACAAACUUGCUUGCAAGAAAUGAGCAUAUAUGUUUACUAGAUGCAAGACAAAAUGUAAUCUUAUGUUAUUCAUGACAAAGGCACUGCGUAAUAGACCACUGUAAAAAAGGUUAUACAUAAAUGUGUAAUGUGUUUCAGACUGAAAGCCGUUGCCACAACUCAGCUGAUGUGCUUCAUGUCUACACCACGGUUCACUGCGUCGUGCGAGUUCGGUAUUCGUAGUUUAAUUGUAAUGCGUAGUGACAAUUCACCUCCUCUCGAGUGGCUCAUGGCGAGGGUAAAUAACUUGUUCCCGGGGAAGAACUGCAUAGUACGCGCAGUUGAGCGACCCUUGGAAAAGCGGUCAUAUUCACAAAGGUCUAUUACAAAAAUAUGUGUACUCCCAAUAACUUAACAAUAAUUACAUAAAAUGUGUUAGUUUAAUGUGUCUAAAAUGCCUAUUGUAAAGGUAGCGGCAACAUACUUGCCAUCAUAAUUAAAGGAAUUACGGUUCAAAAUAGAAUGACUACAAAGGAAUGUCAAAUGGUUAAUUCUUAAAUUCUGUAAACAAAGAGCUUUUGUUUAUAUAUGUUAACAUUUGUGUUGAUUACUAGAUCAUCAGUUGUUUUCUUUAGAAUGUAAGUUAUAUUAAUUUAACUGUAAUCAUUCUGGUCGAUGUAUUCACUUCUGUAUGUUAAAUGUUGCUCAUAUUAACAUACUUAUUUAAUUUCAUAUAAUUCUCGUGGGGGAAUAAUGUUAGCAACAUUGAAAUAAGAACUAUAAGUUCUAAAUUUAAAAUAUUAAAAAUAAUGUUAUUUAGUUGCCAUAGCGGCACUUCUUUAAUUUUCUUUCCUGUGACAAUGCAUAUUUUGUGUGGUUUCUGAAAUAAACUAUUUUUUCCUAAAAGAUUCUUUAAUAAUAUACAGUCCACUCAUGCUCUACUACCUACUGAAGCCAAGACCGCUUCAAUAGCUCUAGUCCAUAUAUAAUGUGCAUAAAGAUUUACAACAAGCUUCCAGUAGAUAUUAAAAACGAAAAAGUUGACAAUAUAUUUAACAAAAAACUUACAAAAUAUUUACUAGACAACAGUUUUUAUAAUAUGCAAGAGUUUUUUGAAAGUUAAAUUUAUGUUAGGUGUAGGAUACAUAAUAUAAAUAUAAAGAUCUCAUUAAUGUAAUAUUUCCAUAAUUAUUUAUAUUGCGAUUAAGUCUAUAUUACGUACCUAAUAUUAUUGUUAGAUUGUAAGCUACAUACUUAAAUUGUAGUGCCCUUACAGGGUUCAUAGCUUGUUCACCAUUCUAAUGUAAGACCUAAUUGUACCUAUGAAAGCAAUAAAUUACUGAAUUACUGAAUUACUAAAGAUUUAAGCGUUCAGGAGACUACUCUUGGGCCUGAUGAUGAUUAAACAACAUAGUUAUUGUUUGUAUUAUAAGGUGUAAUUUAAGACUGAGCUAAAGCAUAUACAAAGACAGAAAGAUUUCAACAAAACUACAUUGCUAAGUAUCAUCAAUAACUGCUAAAAAGGUCAAUGGAUGAUGAUUAAACAACCUAUCAUCAAGCACACGCUUUGAGGUCAAGCAAGAGUCACUAUUAGGGUUAAGAAGGGGUUAUCCGCAGAUGGUCUAGAACGCAAAAUGACUAGUGUGUUGUUUUGCCUAAAUCGCAAUUAGUCUACAUCGCAAACGGUCUAGAACGCAAAAUGUCCGAAUAAUUUUUUCCGUUAUAUCUUAACUUUAUAGCGAUGUCGACGGAGCCCCGCUGCCGCGGGCUCCUAUUCUUUGCUGUUUGGCCUUCGGCCAUUUGAUGAUACCUUAUGAACCUAACCUACCUAUUAGCGGAGUCAGAUAUGAAGUUGACCCAAAUUUUUUUUAUUAAGCUAUGAGUUUCAUCACAUAUGAUCUUUGAGUAAUUCUAAGCAUUUCAAGCCUGGGAGGCAAUAAGGGGAGGGGGGGUACAAAGAUGGCCGCCACCCGUCAUCAUUCAAAAAAAUCUGUUCUGGUCCUGGUGGCUAUUAGGGCAAGUUUGGUAUCAUUUUCGUAUAAACCGGAGACGUAGAAUUCAUUGCUGAUAUUUGUUUUUUUCAGCUUCAUAGUAAUUUUACAAGAAAAACGUAAAAAGAUGAAAAUUUAGGAUGGAGGUUUUUGCUUUUGAGAGCUAAUAACUUUUGUAUAGUGGCCAAAAAUAUCAUAUAAAAAAUACUAUAAUAAAGCGUAAUUCAUGCAGAUUCUAAACAUAUACACGUUGAGUAAUAUCCUACUGCAAAAAGAUGGUGAAAAAAUUAUUAAAUGCCCGCAGCGCGGGUAGUUGGACUUUCGUUUAUCUUGCGGACCGUCGUUUAUCUUACAAAAUGAUCGAGUACGAGUAUCUACGUAGGUAUGCUUACUUUGCUAGAUUUUAUGAUGACGAAUAAAAUACUUUCAUCCAGACAUAAUUCAUCAUACAGACAUAAUUUUAUGCACUUUAAUUUUAAUGCACUUGCAACGAUUUGAGUGUUAUUUGACCGGUGUUUUCUGUAAUAGCAUGAAAAUUAUCGUGAAAAUAAAUAUUUUGCCUCUUCCUAAGUAGUACAAUUUCUCUCAUAAAUAGUGUUUUAAUAUUAUCAGCAAAAAUAAGAGCGCUAUUUUAUUAGAAUAAUUUCAUUUAUAAUAGUUAUUUCUCGGACCCAAUUUUGGACCCGGGUAUAUCCUUAAACUACGUUCAAAAGAGAGGUAUGGGCACUGUGAAUGUCAUCUCGCUUUGUGUGGUAGGGCACAGCACAGCGGAUGUCAUUCCAGAUCUAUCCGAGCAGAGCCCAACUGGGGAAGUACGUACUUACCUCCACCUUACAGAAAACACCGAGACAUUAACACUAGACCCUACUCAUAGUGUUGUGUUCCUGCCGGUGAGCUAGGUUGGCAGAGCUCAAUGAGGGUGCGGACCUGCGGGGUGUUA